AUGGCCGGAGGCGUGCCCGCGCCCCACAGGCAGUAUGACCCGUAUUCCAACACGUACAACCCGGGUUGGAGGGACCAUCCCAAUCUCAGUUAUGGGAACAGGCAACAAAGUUCAUUCCUGAAUCGUCCACCAGGAUUCCACCAGCCUUGGCAACCAAAAUCUCAAUCCUCAUCCUCCAAUUCAGGAAGCUCCUUGGAGGACCUAGUCAAAAGCCUAGCCACGACUACUACUCAGCUUCAACAGGAGAUCAGAUCCUUGGCAGCAAAUACCGCGCAGCUCCAGCAGGACACCAAAGCGGAAAAGAAGGACCAAGAAGCUCGAAUAAGCCAACUGGCAACUGCCAUUAACCGCUUGGAGUCCCACGUUUACGGGAAACUGCCAUCGCAACCCGAGGUAAAUCCCAGGAAUGUAAGUGCCAUGACGCUGAGGAGUGGCAAGAAACUGGAAGGGUUGGAAAAGACAAAGAAGGUAGAGAAGGAAAAAGAGCUCUUGGAUGUGUUUCGAAAAGUGGAGAUCAACAUUCCCCUGUUGGAUGCAAUCAAACAGAUACCGAAAUAUGCCAAGUUUUUAAAAGAUUUGUGCACCCACAAAAGGAAGCUAAGGGGGGACGAAAGAGUAGCGGUGGGAGAAAACGUGUCAGCUAUACUCCAAAGAAAACUCCCACCGAAAUGUGGAGACCCAGGUAUGUUCACCAUUCCCUACAAGAUAGGAGGUACUCCAAUUAGGAAAGCAAUGUUGGAUUUGGGGGCGUCAAUUAAUGUUAUGCCUAAGACAAUCUAUGCUUCUCUUAAUCUUGGCCCAUUAAAAGGCACAUGCAUUAUAAUCCAACUUGCAGACCGUACCAAUGCUUAUCCAGAGGGGUUAGUUGAAGAUGUUUUGGUACAAGUCAAUGAGUUAGUUUUUCCUGCAGAUUUCUAUGUCUUAGAUAUGGGAGAUAAAAAGGCAUUAAAUCCGUCACCUAUUUUGCUAGGUAGACCAUUUUUAAGCAUUGCUAGGACGAAAAUAGAUGUGAAUGAGGGUACUUUGUCGAUGGAGUUUGAUGGUGAAAUUGUAAAUUUCAAUAUUUUUGAUGCGAUGAAAUACCCGGAUGAGGCUAACUCUGUUUUUGCUUUGAGCAUUAUUGAACCUCUUGUACAGGACACAUUUGAAUUGAAUAGGGGCGAUGCACUGGAAGUGGCAUUGGCCAAACAUCUCGAGUUGGGAGCAACUCUUGAUGUAGAAAUAAGUGAUGAGCUAUACCGUGCAGUUGAAGCAUUGCAUUCGCUCCCACCUCUCUCCCCAAGGUAUGAGCUUACUUCUCUCUUUGUACCAGAAACUCAGGCAAAAUUGUUGCCUUCUAUUGUGCAGGCACCUGAGUUGGAGCUCAAGCCUCUCCCGAAGCACUUGAAGUAUGCAUUUCUCGGAGACAAUGAGACGUUACCAGUAGAAGCUAUCUUCCCUCCCAGAUAG